UUGCCUUUGGAGGAAGCGGAGGAGACGAUGAACAAGAAGGAAAAGGACGGCAGCGGUGCUGUUGGUGGUCCUGACGCUGUGCGGAAGCUGGGCAAUGAUGCGUUCAAACAAGGCGACUAUGCACUGGCAACCACCCUCUACUCUUUCGCCAUCCGAGACCUCGGGGGUGGCACACACAAGCAAGAUCAGCAACAAUGCGUGGCGCUGGCUUUGCUCAACCGCUCAUGGGCAAUGCUCAAGCUCUGGGACACAGCUGUAGCCACGGCGCCAACGAUCGCGCCAGCAACAUCUCAUGCAGAAGCAGAGCCAACGACUCAGGAUUUCGCGUACUUGCUGACAAACGCGCAUGAAGACCUUGCGCAGCUCAACACAACGCCGUCCCUUCGCGACAGGCUGACGGAGACACAGCAAAAGAAGCUGGAGUUUCGUGAGAAGGAAGCAAAGAAGCGGCUGGUCCAACACCGACGCAAGUCACAACGCACCCACGCCUCCAAAAGCAUCGAAGAUGAUGAUGUCGUGCAUGCUGCCAUCAGCGUAUCACCAGUCCACGACAAACACAUCGGUCGCGGAUACCAGACCGUGGAGCGCUUGGACGCAGGCACCCUCCUCGUGCAAGAACAAGCCUUCAGUGGCGUACUCAAGCCGGAGGAGCGAGCGGGGCGGUGCAUGUGGUGCUGGCGGCGGCGCGUGUGCCUGUUUCCCAUCGGCCGACCUGCAGUCGCCUUCCUCUGCUCGCGACGCUGUCGCACAGCUGCGCAGCAUGUGCUCUCCGUGGAGGAGGAGCUCUCACAUCUCUCGUCGCCACCAGCAGACGACCGCCACCUGCAAGUUCUCCACGCUGCCGUCACCCUCGCGUCCCUCUACCCUUCAUCAUCAUCAUCAUCAUCAUCAUCAUCAUCAUCAUCAUCAUCAUCAUCAUCAUCAUCAUCAUCAUCAUCAUCAUCAUCAUCGGCACAAGAGCGAUUCUGGCGGCUGCAGUCGCACUGCUCCGAUGGGGCACACACGCACGGCACUGAUGUCGACGCCGACACGCGCCCCAGCCACCACCACCACCACCAUCGAGCGUUGGCCGAUAUGAGCAGCCUGCUCCCACUGCUGCGCACAGCACUCGGCGUGGACGCCGUUCGCAAAGCGGCUGCUGCUGCCGUGCAGAACACACGCGAGUGGCAGGCGUGGCAUGGGUGUGCAGGCGGCGAUGGCUGCUCUUUGUAUCACACUGCAACGCAGUGGCCGAAGCAUGGUGAUGACAGUGAUAAUGCUGACGCUGAUGAUGACAAUUAUGAUAGUGAUGAUGUGGAUGACAAUGACGGUGACGGUGAUGGUGAUGAUCGACAGCAGCUGCUGGUGCUAUGCCACGUCAUUGGUGUGCUGCGCUGCAACAGCUUCUCAGUCCCCACAACAACGCCGACAACAACAGCAUCAACGACAGCGACGAUGGUGAGAAAACGCAGCAAAUCAAGCAGCGACAAGACAGUGCCGGUCCUUCCUGGUUUCGCCCACCCGCUGUUGAGCGACAAGCGGUUGGUGGUGGCCCAGCGUGGCCAGCACGACAAACGAGGUGACGAUACUCAUGACACCAACAAUAAAGACGACCGUGGCGGUGGUGAAGGCGGAGCAGGUACAGAGGAAGUGCAGCACAGCAGCGUUGCGCGUGCGCUUUUCCUGCGCUCGAGUGUGUUCAACCACGACUGCCGGCCAAACGCAAUGCAAUCGUUUGCUGGUCGCUCCCUCCGCGUCAUCGCCGCCCGUCCCAUCGCCCCCGCCCACACAGCACCAACAGCAGCAACGACGCCCGUGGGCGUGUGCAUCUCGUAUGGUCCACUGGCGUGUGUGUCGCCGGUUGUUGAGCGGCGGCGCGCGUGUCUGCAACAGUUUGGGUUUGAAUGCGCAUGCGCAACCUGCAAACUCGAAGCCGACGUGAUGGCCCUUGACACCACUCCCCGGCCCGGCGCCACUGCUGCCCAUGCUGCGGACAGCUGCCAUGACAACCCUGACGAUGAUGCUGCUGAUGAUGACGAUGAUGAUGAUGAUGAUGACGGUGAUGAUGAAGGGCAACCGCGGCAGCCGCCGGCACCUGCCACCACACCCUCCUCCUCCUCCACCAACACCACCACCACAUCUUCUACGCUUCGCGCUCCCCUUCCGUCGCUGCUGGAAUGCCGUCCAGUGGCGCUGCGGUGCCGAAGAUGCGCAACCGCAUAUGGAUGGGCCGAGGUCGCCGGUGCUGUCAACCUGACCUCCCUCCGCUCUGUUCUCCUUCGUGCACUCCUCAUCAGCAGCGGCGACCGCAGUGAAGGUGGCGGCUUCAAGGUGCUGGCCGUCGUGCCUGCAGCUGAUGCCGAUCAAGGCGGUGACGGUGAUGAUCAGGGUGGUGAUCAGGGUGGUGAUGGCAAGGUGGUUGUGCGGGUGGUGGCAGCGUCCGAUGACAGUGGCCCGCUGCUGCCGUGCGGCUGCGAUUUGCGUGAUGAGUUGUCCACGUGCCUACACCACCUCUCCUCUGCCCUCACGGGCAACCUCCUUUCCCACGACGUCCGCUGUGCCGCCAUUCACCACGCCGAGUGCCUUGCAUCCCACCUUGCCCCAACCUGCACCAUCGCCGCGGGUGUGUUUGACAAGUUGGCCCGCGUGGGUGUGGACGUGGCGCACGACUUUACCGGUGCCCUUGCUCUCUGCUUGCAGAGUACACGGAUAUGCCAGCGGGCUUUUGGCCCAGUGACCAUGGAACACAAGCAUGAGGUGGCCAAGCUUAAGAGCUUGAUUGAUGCAGCGCAGUACCGACAGAGAUCGCACACUGCAGAGGAGGUUUCCAUCAUUCGGAACGCCCAGCAGUACGUCGACUCUGUGGCGCCCGCUCUCGUCGUCCUGAGCUGACUUGAGUGCUUUGUGUUUUGUUUGUUAGACUGUGAGUGGAAUGGCCUUGAGGGUUUGCUGGUUUUUUGUGACAUGUGGAGGCAUGGCGCAUGACACGUUACACAAGCUGUGCCUGUUGCCUUGUUGCAACCUUCACACGGGUAAAGCGAAACGCUGGGUGGCGUUAAGGAGGCGAUAGGUAACUGAGGAAAGAAGGA